CAGAAAAUACAAUGAAAAUAAAAAUGUGGUAGCAAUACCGCCAAGGAUGAAAAAUGUUGAAAUAACUAAUAAAAAAAAUAAAAGUAAGAGCGUUAUUGAAUCUAAAAUGCAUACUUGUAUGAAUUUAAAGCGAAAAACAAGUCAACAAUGUGCAUCUGAAAUUAGCAUUGUGCCAAGCUCCAGAAACCUAUUCCCAGAUAUUUAUGAUAAUUGCCAUGAGUAUGAACAUGAAACAAAGUUUUUAGGUCAAAACAAAAGUGCAGCAUCAAGAAGUCUGAAAACACGAAUGAGGCUAAGACACCGUAAUGAUAAGAAUCGCAUUAACAAAUAUAAAUUUUCAAAAUAUCGUCAACGUCCAAUAGUUCCAAAAAGCAGAAAUACUACAUAUAACAUAGAUACCGCAGAUCAAAUGGAAAACAUUCAAUUCUUUGCAAAGAAGUCCUGGCCUAAUAUUUGUUCUACUUUAAAUAAUGAAGCCCCUAUAUCAGCAUCAUUACAAUCGUUGAAUGAAGAAAGUAAAAUUUUUGAUGAAAAAUGGCGGCAAGCACAUAAAGGAAACAGUGAAAUUUUUCAAAAUUACUCUAACCUGACUGACGCUAUCAAACAAAUUAACCCAAAUCAAUGCCCAAGGAAGCGAUUACAGCAGAUUUUGAAAAAUAAGAUCUCACAAGAUUUCAGCAAAUAUAAUUUUGGUCAACCAAAUAGUAAGAAUGUUUACUCGACAAAUAAUCUUCUUAAACAAAGAGAAACCAGCUGGAUUAGUAAUGAAAUAAAAAGCCGAAAAAAGGGAAAUAAAGAUGUGGAAUAUAGUCGGUUCAAAGAAAAUCAUGCAUUUAGCCCGUGUGAAAUUUUAAAAUGCAUAAAUGCAGAAAAAUUUGAAGCAAAUAAUAACUCAUUGAAUUCUGGUGAUUCUAAUAGCAAUUAUAGAGAAUACUCGUCUCCACCCGCAACAGAAGAUAUCUCCGUUAAACUCCAUAAACAGCAACCUUACAAAUAUCAUCCUCAGAGAUUACUGCUUGAAAGAAUUACUAACGAUCCACAUUUAAAUAUAAAUGAUAAACUUAAAAUAAUAAAAGUUAUAAAUCCACAUGAUGAAGAAACGGAAACGAAAUUGAAGAACUUUUUACAAGCUGUCAAGCUGAGUCCCCUAGUUUCAUUGCCUGCUGAUACGAUAGAUUUGCAAGGAAUUGUUGAAGGCCCUAAACAUAAGAGAAGUUUUAUUUUUUUCGACAGCAUAACAAUCCAAAAUAUACUAAACGAUAACGAUAACGAUUACAAUUUCGGGGCUGUUGAAUAUCCAAAUUCAAUUUCUGAGUCGAAGUCCCAAUAUUUAGAUGAAGAUGUUCGACCUUGUAACUCAUGUGGUGGAAAGAACAAGAAGCCUCCGGGUAAAAGUGCUCGCAAAGUUGCGCCUAUAGAUAAUGAAUGUAACUGUGAGAAACAAAAAAAUGAAUGCUCUUGUGCGUUCAAAAAGCUGCCACGUUCAGUUUGUGACACUUGGUACUCAGUAUUCAACAUGAGUGCGCCCUUGCCCUUCCUAACGACGAAAUUACGCAUAUUCCGCAAAAGGAAGAACACAUGGUUCAAAAUUGCUCCAGCGAUAACGCUGACCAGCUUAUCAGGAGUGUUUGCCAACGCGAAUCUCUCGAUUUUGUUCUCUUCCCAUGUAGACAUAAUCCAGCUGGAGAAAUCUCUUCGUUUACAACAACUUUUCAUUCCGAAAGAUAACGCUGCCCUAAAUAACAUAAACUAUUUGGGCGAUAUUAACAACGCCCAUAUACUCAACCCGAAAGAUUUGCGGUCGAGAAAUAUUUUUAAAAUAUGUAAUACUAGCGAUGAAAAAUCAAUCAAAUUAAAAGGACGUAUUAAAAGGAAAUUAAUAAAAAAUUGUGUACGAAACAUAACCGAUGUAGGGAUUCUCCCCUCAACAAUGAGUAUUUUAAAUCAAUGUCCGAGUAAUUCCAGUCGUUUGUGUUUAAAUAUGCUAGGUGACAAGGUUCCAGGAUACAGCAUCAAAAUAAAGAUACCCUUUGAAGAAAAUGUUAUCAUUCAUCAAAAAAACUCUAAAUUGAAAAUAGCAAGAAUCAUUACGGAUGCAACAGCCAAAGAUGUUCUCCAAAUUUCUAUAGAUGUUAUUAACGAAAGUUUAGUAGCCAAAACAUAUUCAAUAUAUGUGAGUAACUGCGGAGUACCAUGGGCUGUUGCCAAAUCAAAUGUCAUGAAAAAUUUACUACCAUACGUUGGCGAGACCAUUACCUUUUUCUUCCCAUUACUAAUUGAUACUCAACAAAAACGUAGAAAAUUCAAUUGUGACGUUGUGGCUAAGGUUAGCGAAAUGAAAACGAACACACAUUGGGCUCAACAAAGUAAACCAGUAACAUAUUCAUCCAAAAAUAAAUUAGACCAUGCCGGCAUAGAAAAAGUUAUAGUAAUCGCUUUGAGAACGCUUGCUGUUGAAACAGAAAGGCGUUGUUUCUGUAUUUGGGAAUGUAAAUGUCAUUGUACAGCAAAGCUGGAAACACAUGUAAAUUUUAACAAUUGUCAAAAAAUGGAGUAUGACGAAAAACGGAAGGCAGGAAUGCUUCUAAACUGUUCAUAUGAUGAAAAUUUAGAAAGUGAUUCAUGUAUCACUGCUUUCAGCGACGGAAAAGAUUUCCGGGAAAAUGGUAUCGAUGGGAUUUUCUUUUUAAUUAAAAACGCUUGCAUAUUGUUGCUUAUUAUGCUUUUACUAGGAUUGCUAAAAGCGUUGUUUGGACGUUUUUGUUCGUCCACUAUUGAUCGUUGCGGAUUCGACUAUGUACAUCCUGGAAAGGAAUAUGAUGAAUCUUCAUGCUGGCGUCGCUUUUUUAUAAACAUAAUUUUUUUCAUACUCUUACCGUUUUCCUUCUGGUGUAAGUGUUUUACAGCAUUUGAUUUGGAUCUGCUAGCAGCAAGCAUGGAAUGGCAAUGUGCAAAUGAUGUGUGUAAUCCAGUCUUAUCAGGAAAUAAAAAUCGCUAUAAUCGAAAUAAGCAGUUCUGUUCCGAAAAUUUGGAUGAGAAGGAGGAUACCAUAUUAUCUCAGUAUGUUGGCUGCCCUUCGAAAAGUAACCACGAUUUAUCCAAUUGCAUUAAUUACCGAACACGACUAAGCGCUGGUGAGAAUUCUUGUGGAACUGAAAAUCAUCUAAAUAUUGUACAAAGAGCGAUUUAUGAUAAAUUUUCGGACGAAAUCGAAAAUAAUGAAGUUGAUGAAGAAGAAAAUACAAAAUAUGUCUUACAGACCUUGACUGAAAGCAGAGAAUCUUUAAAACAACUGUUACAGUCAUCAUCAUCCACUGAAUUCAAUGGUAUGGAAUAUAUUAAUGAUAAAUUGCGACAAGCUGCACAAUUCGUUGAAUCACUUAAAGAAGCACGAAUUGUUUAUAGAACAUUGGACCGGCCAAUUGGAAAUGUUCAAAAUAUACCUUACGGCAUUACAUACUGUCUACAAGGGUACUUCCUUCCAUCUUCAGAAGCAAAGUAUGAAUUUGUUAGUUAUCAUCCAUUAGUGCAAUACUACGGAAUAUCUCGUGAUGGUACUUUUAAUGAAGCUCUACAUCCGCCGGUGUUAUUAUGUUCCAAGCAAUUUUCUCGAGUGUAUAACAAUAUAUUAGAUGUGUUGUGUGCAAAGGAUUUGUACAUCCACCCCCCAUCGUGUGUAUUGUGUAUCAACGUGGCCUCUCUUGAAUGCGUAGCACCUUCUCUUAUGGAUUUAGCUUGCAAUAAAAGUUUUAUAACUUGAGGAUCAAAAAAUUCGGAAUUAACCAUAAGAUAUAUAAAAGAAAUAUGAUAAAUAUAUGUACGUGCAG